AUGGGAGAAGGAAACAUGAUACGAACCGUUAAUUUGACGUACCUGGUAGUAGAAGCAAGAUCCGUCCACAACGUCAUACUUGGGAGGCCAGGCAUGUGCGCUUUCGGUAUCAUCAGUUCUACCAUCCAUGGCUCAUUAAAAUUCCCCACCAAAGCAGGGAUAGCAACUUUGCACUCUGAAUCAACAAUCUGCGUAGCAGAAAUACGGCAAAGUAACGGUAAUGAUCAACCUCCGAACCUCCUUACGGAAGACUGGGCUAUACACCCGCAUUUUCCGAAGCAAAAAAUUGCAGUCGGGGCCCAACUCCCUGAACGAACCAAAAAGAAACUAUGGAAGCUUUUGUCUAAUUCACUCGACGUAUUUGCAUGGCAAACCUCUGACAUGGUUGGAGUUCCCCGAUGUUUGGCCGAGCACAAACUGAAAGUGUCGCAUUCAGUAAAGCCAGUGGCUCAAAGAAAAAGAAACAUGGCUCCAGCCCGUAACAAAGCCAUCUCCAAGGACGUACGAAAGUUACUAAAUGCCGGAAUUAUCAGGGAAGUACGGUACCAAACAUGGGUCUCCAAUCCGGUAAUGGUAACAAAGAAAGACAAAACCUGGAGGAUGUGCGUUGAUUUUUCCCAUCUGAACAAUGCUUGUCCGAAGGAUUGCUAUCCGUUGCCGGAGAUCGAUUUGAAGAUUGAUUCUCUUUCCAGUUUCCGUCUUAAAUGCUUCCUAGACGCAUAUAAAGGUUACCACCAAAUUCAGAUGGCUUUGGAAGACGAAGACAAGACUGCGUUCGUAACAAACAAGGGCCUCUUCUGUUAUACCAAAAUGCCAUUCGGAUUGAAGAACGCUGGAGCUACGUACCAAAGGUUAAUGGAUAAAGCGUUCAAAGACCAGAUCGGAAGAAAUCUAGAAAUUUAUGUGGACGACCUGGUCAUAAAAAGUCAGGCCGAAGACAGCAUGAUCGAUGACAUACUCGAAACCUUCACCAGGCUUCGGAGUAUCAAUCUUAAACUAAAUCCCAAAAAAUGUUCGUUCGGAUUAGAAGAAGGAAAAUUUCUCGGCGUAUGGAUAACACAGUCCGGAGUACGGGCACACCCAGAUAAAAUCAAGGCGGUGAUCUCUAUGCAGCCUCCUAAAACGGUUAAAGAAAUUCAAUCAUUAAACGGUAAACUGGUAGCUCUCCAUCGCUUUGUCUCAAAAGCGGCCGAUCGCACUAUUCCAUUCAUGAAUGUGUUGAAAAAACGAACAGGAAAAGGUCAGAUAGAAUGGACACCGGAAGCCGAUUCGGCAUUUCAAGAGUUGAAAGUUUGUCUUGGGUCUUUACCCACCCUAACCGCUCCAGUUACCGGAGAAACUGUCACGGUUUAUCUCUCCGCCUCUCAUUUCGCUAUAAGUGCAGUACUUGUGGUACACCGGAACCUGGCACAAAUUCCAGUCUACUACGUAAGCCGCAUCCUGAAAGAUUACGAAACUCGGUACCCGAUGAUAGAGAAAUUGGCACUCGCAUUGGUACAUGCUGCCAGGCGCCUCCGAAGGUAUUUUCAGGCUUUCAAUAUAGAAGUACAAACCGAUCUCCAGAUCCAACAAAUUCUUAGAAAGCCGGAGGUUUCCGGGCGUCUAACCAAGUGGGCGAUUGAACUCAGCGCUUUCGAUAUCACCUACCGAACUAGGGGUCCGGUGAAAGGCCAGGCUGUGGCCGAUUUCCUCACGGAGAUACCAACCGGAGAAAGCACCAAAGAAAAGUCCGUCCUACCAAGGGUAUGGAACUUAUAUACAGACGGAGCCUCUAGUAAAGAAGGGUCAGGAGCCGGGUUGAUCCUGAUAGAUCCAGAAGGAAUAGAAUACACUUAUGCUCUACGUUUCGAGUUUAAAACUUCGAACAAUGAAGCAGAGUAUGAGGCCCUCCUUGCAGGACUCCAUACCGCAGCUAAAGCCGGUGCGACCUCCGUAUUAGCACAUGUUGAUUCACUACUAGUCGCUAAUCAGGUUAGCGGAGAAUAUGAAGCGCGGGAGGAAAACAUGAUCCGGUAUCUAAGCCAAGUUAUCAGUUUGAUCUCUUCAUUCGAAUCUUGCAAGAUUGUUCAUAUACCGCGGAGCAAGAACAAAAAGGCGGAUGCUUUAAGUAAACUUGCCUCCGUAGCAUUCUGCCACUUGUCUAAAGAGGUGCUAGUUGAAACUCUACAAGCUCCGGCCAUCCUUCAGACAGAGUCCGUAAUGUCAGUCUCCGUGCAGGAAAGGUCUUGGAUGACUCCGAUCUUGGAGUAUUUGAAAGAUGGCAUACUACCGAAAGAAAAAGCUCCGGCCCGAAAGUUAAGGGUGAAGGCGUUGCAGUAUCAAGUCCAUGAUGGGCAACUUUACCGAAAAACCUUCCUGGGUCCACUCCUAAAAUGCUUAACUCCGGAAGAAGCCAGUUAUGUCAUUAGAGAAAUCCACUGGGGAAUAUGCGGCAUCCACUCCGGACCUAGAAUGGUCAUUGCCAAGGCUAUGAAUGCCGGAUAUUUUUGGCCGGGCAUGCAUCAAAGCGCCGUUAACGAGUUACAAGCAUGUGAAGAUUGUCAACGGCAUGCGCCUAUUAGCCAUCGAGCCAAAAACAACCUCGUCCCUGUAACUUUUGCAUGGCCUUUUCAGAAAUGGGGGAUUGACAUUGUCGGUCCUUUCCUUGCUUCCACCGGAGGGGUAAGGUUCCUAUUGGUCGCCAUCGAUUACUUCACUAAGUGGAUCGAAGCUAAACCCCUCCGGACCAUCAUAGGGGAUCAAGUACUGAGGUUUGUUUGGGAAAACACAGUGUGCAGAUACGAAAUGCCACUUUGUAUAGUAAGUGACAAUGGGAAGCAGUUCGCGGAAAAACCAUUCAAGACAUGGUGCCAAAAAAUGCACAUUGAGCAGAACUUUGCUUCGGUUUCUCAUCCCCAGGCCAAUGGGCAAGUAGAAAGAGCCAACCGCAGCAUUGUGGAAGGCAUUAAAAAGCGCCUGUGGGCUCACCGGACGAUGCCGAAGACGAGCAAUAAGGAAACUCCCUUCAGCUUAACGUACGGUACCGAAGCAGUCAUUCCCGCUGAAGUAGGGAUACCCACACUUCGCAUGCAACAGAGCCAAGAAGAGAAUGAACAAGAACUCCGCCUAAAUCUUGAUCUGGCCGAGGAGAGGAGAGAACUUGCGGCCAUCCGGGAAGCAAAGUACAAAAAAGAGUUGGAGAAACACUACAACUGUAAAGUAAAGGAGGUCCGGUUUAAGGUCGGAGACUAUGUCAUGCAGAGCAAUGAAGCAAGUUUGGUCAGAGGUACCAGAAAAAUGGCUCCAAAGUGGGAGGGACCCUACCUGAUCAACACUGCAGGAAAGAACGGUGCUUAUACGCUCAAGAAGAUGGACGGGACCCUCGUCCCUCGUACAUGGAAUGGAACGCACCUAAAGAAGUGUUUUCUCUGA